AUGUCUUUUACAUUUGGACGCGUUUAUAAUGGAACUUCUACAACUGGAUGCGUUUAUAAUGAAACUUCUACAACUGAACGCGUUUAUAAUGAAAAAUAUCCUGGUUAUAAAAGACUUAAUGAUUAUUUAAAGCAAUACAAAGACAAAUCUUUUAGGAGUUUUUUAUUUCAUUGUCGAGACAUGAUCAUUGAUACUACUCCGGCUACUUCAAACUGGAUAGAUCUUAACAAUGCAUGGAAAGUACAUUUCAUGACUGAAGCUCAAACAAUAAUGAACCCAAAAGAUUUUAAAAUUUUAAGAGAUAAGUUCAGUUCAGAUCAAGAACGUAAUGCAAAAAAUUUAGAGGAUUAUUGGAAUAAAGUUAUUCAUGAAUGUAACAUAAAAUAUGACAUUUUAGAAUACAAACGAGAGAAAGAGCAUGUUAUCCGUGUACUAUCUGAAAUAGAAGAAAAAAUCAAAAUGAAAGAAAAUGAUCUUAUUAAGAGCUCAAAUGAAUGGAAAACGCUUAUUAAAAAUGGAGUUUAUCCUAUUGCCACAGCGAAUGAAUCAACAGUGUCAUCAUUAACAAAUUCAAUUAAUAAUUUUGAAGAAAAUAUAGAUCCACGAUUACCACCACCAGAUACAUCAACAACUGUAACACCACUACCAGAUACAGCAACAAUAAUGUCAUCAUCUCAAACACCAAGACAUAAGCUCCGCAAAAGGAAACGUGUACAAGCUAACGAUCUUGGCGUUAAUAAUAAUCAUGAUGAAAAUGGUAAUGCCUUAACUGUUCAUCCUAAUGUCACAGCGAAUGAAUCAACACCACCACCAGAUAUAGCAACAACAACGAUGGUAACAAUGUCGUCGUCAUCUCAAACACAAAGAUACAAUCUUCGCAAAAGGAAACGUGUGGACUCAUCAUCGUCAUCACAAGCACAAGCACAAACAUAUGAUUUUCGAAAAAGGGAAUAUGUGAGCUAUAAUUGUGGUCGUCGACGGUCCGAAAUUUUAACAUUUGAUCAUGUGAUUUUUUGGUCUACAGAAACCCCUCUA